AUGGCUCCUGCUAUUCGGCUCUGCGUACUGCUAAGCUCCUGCCUGUUCCAGUAUUUGACUGCAGGACAUGUAAUCCAACCUCGCCAGUAUCAAACACAGCCCACUGGUCGCCAGCGCAUCAGCAUUAACGAUAAUUGGCGCUUCUGGCGAUCUGAGACCAAUCCGGAUGGCAUCACCUACGACAACCGAACAGAUACACCUCAGCAAGGGGUGACCUACCUGAGACCUUACAUUCUGCCUUCCGCGAACGACUUCAUUGUGGACCCGUCGAAGCACUAUCAAGCUCCUUCGGAAAGUCCACCGACCAACAUCUCGUACACUCAAAACACCUUUGACGACAGCAAAUGGGAGAGUGUCACCUUGCCGCACGAUUGGGCGAUCAAUGGACCGUUCUACGAAGGCGAUGACGUGCCAGUGACCGGCGGUAUGGGUAGAUUGCCCAUUCAGGGCGUCGGUUGGUACAGAAAGAAACUCACCUUGACUGCGGAAGAUACGAAGAAGGUGGUGUAUCUCGAUAUUGACGGAGCUCAGUCGUACGCUAUCGUCUGGCUCAACGGAAACCUGGUUGGUGGUUGGCCGUAUGGCUACAACUCAUUUCGUCUUGAUCUUACACCAUUCCUGAAGGUGGGUGGUGGCGACAAUCAUCUGGCGAUCCGCUUGGACAAUCCCAUCGAUUCGGCAAGGUGGUAUCCUGGUGGCGGCCUGUAUAGGUCAAUAUGGCUGACCAAAGUUGAGAGCACGCAUGUAGCUCACUGGGGAACCUAUAUCACGACCAAGAAUGUGUCCUCCAAGUCUGCGACAUUGGAUCUGACGGUGCAAGUCAAAGGCGAUGCAGACCGCAAGGUCGAUGUUGUCACGGAAGUUUACACGAAAGAUGGAGAAAAGGUGGCCGAAUUCCCUCGAUCCACGAUUACUUUAUCCUCUGGUAGUGGGAUCAUCGAUACCUCGGUCUCCAUCGACAGUCCUCGACUUUGGGGUCCGCCACCUACACAAAAGCCCAACCUCUACACCGUUAAGACCCACCUUUUCACCAAUGGCACAACCACUCCGAUCGACACUUAUGAGACCUCGUUUGGUAUCCGCGCCAUCACCUACAAGGGUGAUGGUCUCUACGUUAACGGCGAGCGUAUUCGUAUCCAGGGUGUGAACCAGCACUCAGACUUGGGGGCCAUCGGUAUGGCCUUUAAUACUCGUGCCGCCGAACGUCAACUUGAGCAUCUGCAUGAGCUUGGUGUAAAUGCUGUUCGGAUGUCUCAUAACCCACCAGCCCCAGAGCUAUUGCAUCUAACAGACCGGAUGGGUUUCCUGGUGGUGGACGAGGUCUUCGACUCCUGGGAGCGUAAGAAGACCGACAACGAUUUCCAUCUUAUCUUCCCCGAGUGGCAUGAGGCUGAUUUACGGUCCAUGAUCAGACGUGAUCGCAACCACCCUUCCAUCUAUGCUUGGAGCAUUGGCAACGAAGUCGGCGAGCAGACAUGCUGUGGCGAGCGGGGCUUCGAGAUCGGAAAAGAACUCAACGCCAUCGUGGCUGAGGAGGAUCCCACAAGACCCUCGACAGCAUCAAUGAAUGUAGCAAAGCCUAAUCAGACAUUCCCAGAGAAUCUUGGUAUACUCAGUCUCAAUUACCAAGGCGAAGGCAUCAGAGACACACCUGCCUAUUCCAACACCAACGGCACUCGCACUCCACCUCAGUAUCAACCUUUCCACGACAAGUUCCCGGACAAGUUGCUUCAAACCAGUGAGGCUGCAGCUCAAUUAAGUUCGCGGGGUACAUACAUCUUCCCGGUUACGGACUUGAUCUCAGCGCCAGUCAACAAUACCUCUGGCGGCAACUCAACAAGCCUGCAAGUCAGCUCCUACGAAUUGCAUACGGCAAAUUUCGGCUCCUCUGUAGACAAGGUCUUUGCCGCACAGGACUCGCACCCGUUCGUUGCCGGGGAAUUUGUGUGGUCUGGCUGGGACUACAUUGGUGAACCCGAACCCUACUAUUCGGCAAAGAGUUCCUACUACGGUAUCAUUGAUCUUGCUGGCUUCCCCAAGGAUCGUUACUACCUGUACCAGUCGAAAUGGCGUCCAGAUCUGAGAAUGGCGCACAUCUUGCCGCACUGGAAUUGGCCUGAUCGUGUCGGCCAGAUCACACCUGUACACGUUUUCACUUCGGGAGACGAAGCUGAGCUCUUCAUGAACGGCAAGUCUCUGGGUAGAAAGAAGAAAGGCGAGUAUGAGUACCGCCUCCGUUGGAAUGAUAUCGUCUACGAGCCAGGCGAACUCCAUGUCGUUGCCUACCGCAACGGGACAGAGUGGGCUACCGCAAAUGUGCGAACAACUGGUGCUGCUGCUCGACUACAGCUCACAGCAGAUCGAGCUGCCAUUGCAGCUGACGGUAAAGACUUAUCUUUCGUGACUCUUGAGGUUCUCGACGCGAAGGGAGAUGUUGUACGCGACAACUAUGAUGCGGUUACAUUUUCGGUUUCCGGCCCCGGUGAGAUUGUAGCCACCGAUAACGGCAACUCGGCAGACCUCACGCCGUUCCCUUCGUUGGAGAGGAAGGCGUUCAGUGGGUUGGCUUUGGCUAUCGUGAAGGCCAAGAAAGGAGAGUCAGGGGCUGUUACUGUGACAGCUAGUGGUACUGGACUGCAGACCGGGAGUGUCAUCGUGAAUGUAGCUUAG